CGCGCAGCGCCCGGCAGCCCUGCGGGCGGCGGACCAGUGGCGGCGUCAGGCCCCGAGCCUUCGGGCCCCCGCCCCGCUGCCGCCGCCAUGGUCGGUCGGGAGAAGGAGCUCAAGAUCCGCUUCGUGCCGGGGCGCUGCGAGCUGGUGGAGGAAGAUGCUGAUAUUCCCAGUAGGCGAGUUUUGAUUACUGGUGCUACAGGACUUCUUGGCAGAGCUGUGUUUAAAGAAUUCAAUGAAAAUAAUUGGAAUGCUGUUGGCUGUGGAUUCAGGAGAGCUCAGCCCAGAUUUGAACAGAUAAAUCUUCUGGACUGUAUUGCUGUUCAUGACAUAAUCCAUGACUUUCAGCCUCAUGUUAUAGUGCAUUGUGCUGCUGAGAGAAGGCCAGAUGUUGUAGAAAGUCAACCAGAUGCUGCUUCUCAGCUCAAUGUAGCUGCUUCAGGGAACUUAGCAAAAGAGGCAGCUGGAGUUGGAGCGUUCCUUAUCUACAUUAGUACAGACUAUGUGUUUGAUGGGACAAGCCCUCCUUAUAAAGAGAAUGAUGUACCAAAUCCCCUGAAUUUAUAUGGUAAAUCCAAACUGGAGGGUGAAAAGGCAGUCCUGGAAAAUAAUGAAGUUCCUCAUUUGGCAAGAUGUUAUUCGUUCCAAGGUUCAUGUCUUAUUUCUGAUGCUGCAGUACUUAGGAUUCCUGUCUUGUAUGGAGAGGUAGAAAGACUGGAAGAAAGUGCUGUGACUGUUAUGUUUGAUAAAGUGCAAUUCAGUAAUAAAUCUGCCAACAUGGACCACUGGCAACAAAGAUUUCCUACUAAUGUCAAGGAUGUAGCAGCUGUUUGCAGACAACUAGCAGAGAAGAGAAUGCUGGACCCAUCAGUAAAAGGAACAUUUCACUGGUCUGGCAAUGAACAGAUGACUAAAUAUGAAAUGGCAUGUGCAAUUGCAGAUGCUUUCAACCUUCCCAGCAGCCAUUUGAGACCAAUCACUGACUGUCCAGUUGUGGGUGCUCUUCGUCCAAGGAAUGCUCAGCUGGACUGCUCCAGGCUGGAAAUGCUGGGGAUAGGUCAGAGAACACCAUUUCGAACUGGGAUCAAAGAAUCACUUUGGCCUUUCCUUGUUGACAAGAGAUGGAGGCAGACAGUCUUCCAUUAGUUUAUAACUUUUUUAAGUAAAAGUAUUGUAUGUGGCACUUUUUUAAAAGAAAAAUUAGUUUUGUAUGAGUGUUCUUAAAUUGUGACAUUUAUGAGUUAUCAUUUAAUCAGGUAAACAUAUGGUCUUGCACUAGUGGAAUUGUUAGCCUACAAAAGGUUCAGUGACAAAAACUGAGCCUAUUUGGUGUCAUGGAUUCUUCUUUUGAUUUGUAAUAGUCUAAUGUUUAUUCUUAGUGGUUUAUGCUUCUUAGUAAUCAGUACCAUUUGAUGCUAAGAAUGAUCACUUGUAGAUUUACUUUUGGCUGAAGUAUGUUGUUGAUGCUUAAGGUCUGUGCUGUUUUUGUAUAUACCAUUUCUCUUCAUUAAAAGAUGUGGAGAGUUAAAAACCGAUUUUUUUUGUUAUUACCUUCUGAAGGUGGUGUUCUUAUCAAGUUAAACUGAAGUUGGAAUCUUUUGUUUUGCUUGAGCUCUAAUCAAAGUGUUUUUAAAAAAGGUGAAACUUUAUAUUUUCAAUUAUCAAGUGUACUUUUUAUGCUUGAAAUAUUUUCAGAAUGUUCUGUAACUUGAAUGCCUGCAGCUUCAUAAUUGUACCGUAAGUGGUAUGCAUUUAUUUUAAUGGUGAUACAUAAGAGUUAGAAGAGGGUUGGGAUGGGUGGGGAACAAAUAGUUUAACCUGGCUUGUCAGGGGUGGGUGGAUUGGACUUGUAGGAUCUUUAUUUUUUUCAGAGUAGGGGACUGUUUUGGGUUUUUGUAUUAAAGCAUGAAAUAUCUUCAUCUUUUUCUUCUUUUUUGGCAGCAUUUGGGAUUGUGGGAAGAAGGUGUUUGUUAGUUAACACAUGGGAGAGGGAGAAGAAAAGUAUUUCAAGAAUUUGUGGCACUGUGUUGUCUUUUGCACCGACCAUCAGAUCUUGCACUGUUGUAGCUUGUUCUGAAACAGCAAAGCACAUAUUUUGGAGGUUUGCACCAUAAUAAUGUAACUACAGUAGUCUAAUAUAAGCAAAUCUUUAUUCUGCUUCAGCCUUGUCCCUAAAGUUGAACUCAGUAGCCAGGUGAAGUGGAAGAAGAACAUGGUUUGUAAAGGUUGACUUCAUUCUGAAGUUGUAGAAUCAUCAAUAUAUAAAAGUCGUGAGAUUGCCAGAUUAUUAGUAAAAGUAGGAAAAGCUGCAUUUAGAUGAUUGUUCUGAUGUUGAAAUGAAGGGGGAGGAGAUGAUGAUCAGCUUUUAAUUAAAAAAAAAAAUAUGAGGGGACACUGGAAGAUCCUCAGUCUGUUUUUCUAAGGUCAGCUUUACACUUAGUCCUUUGAUUUCCAACUGGCAUAUGCUAAGAGAUCAUAAUCCUGAUUUGUUUUCAGUCUGAAGUCCUGAUAUACACAUGUUAACUAAUCUCCAAAAUGACAAUAAAUGUCUAUUGCCAUCAUGA